UUGGCAAUUUGGCAUCUAAAGGGAGCGAAAACAGCCAAAUCACAGAAAAAUCUGGCCUACUUUUUGAAAAAAACUUUUUACUGCGCGUGACCACAUUUUGAACUCGUGCAAAAUGCCCUCAAUGAAAGUGGAAGGUGACAGUGACGGGGAUGGUGAUUUGUCUGGUGGUGAAACUGAGAGGUCCGGCGGAUCCUCCCGGGGUCCCGACAGGGACUCCAGUGCUGAAGAGGCAGACGAGCCUGAUUCCGAUGACUCCUCCGAGAUGGAUGAAAGCGAGUGCGAGCGCCGGAGAAACGAGUGCCUGGACAAUUUAGCAAACCUCGAGCGUCAGUUCACCGUGCUACGCGAGCAGUUGUACUCGGAGCGCAUGAAGCAUGUGGAGUACCAGCUCACCGAGGUCAGGGGCGGGCGCUCGCAGGAGUACCUCGGGCCUCUGCGGCGUCUGCAGGACAACAUGAGAGUCAGGAUCGAGGUAGCGGGCAUCCUGAAGCAGAUGCGUAUAGAAAACAUCAAACACAAGUACGAGGCGGAGGAGCAGGCGGCCCAGCAGCAUUUUAAGAGUGAAAAAUGGCUGAGCUUCGAGUCGCUGAAAGAGGAGAUCCUCGAGAAAAUUCGUCGGCUAGAGGAAGAACGUCACACCGUCGACCUCUGGUCCACGGCGCCCGAGUGGGGUCGCAAGCGGCGUCGGCGUCAAGUCGCCGUGUCACCCCCAUACGUAGUCUACAUGCUCCCAGAUGCCGAUAUCAUGGAAGACUGGCGACAAAUCAGAAAACUCCUUGAGAGAGAGUAGAACGACGCGGCUAGCACACCUGCCCGUGCCCGUGGGCGACAGCGCCACGCUCUUCGCGCGCUGAGAAGGAAGUGAUCGCGGUUAGUUGUGCUAGCCCUAUAGGAUAAUACAUAGAAUCGUCUUGGAAGACCAUAAAAUCAACAUGUUUCUGCGGGCCGUUUUUCGACAUUUGAACUUUCAAAAUGGUUGUAGGAGAUCAAAAAAUUUGCAAUAACACGACCGUGAUCACUCGCUAAAUAGAAAGUAAUGUUGUGAAAGCUUACCUUAUCUAUAAGGUUAGGUCAAGGUAGGUAAGGUUAGGUUAGGUUUGAAGUUAUCCAUAAAACUUCCUUUUCCCAGUUUGUAACUUUUUGAGUUUUAGCAAAACAAGCAUAAUAUUGUACUUGUUGGACGAUAAUUCGUGGAGCAUUCCGUUACUUCGAAUUGUCAAAUAUACUCUGGCAAGCCAACUUUAGCAGAAACCUCUUUUCUACCUUAGUAGAAAAGGACACGAAACAUCAUUUUCCGCCGUUUUCUACUGACAGAGAUACAAUUGUCUUUGUUAGAAAGCAGAAAAGGACACAUAAAAUUUCCAGAUUAGAUUAUCGUGUUAAUGGUUUAUGGUCCCUUGAUUAAAUUCUAUUUCGUUAUUUGAUUAUGAUUACACUAUUGGACUAAUAAUAAAUUUGGAUUAUGGUUUUAUCUCCGGUCAAGUUUACAGAUGUCAAGAAAAACGAUGGUUGAAACGUCGAAAAACGAACCUCGCGUUCAUGUGGUAUUUUUCGGUAAGAACAUGCAAUAAUAUUAAAUCACAUUUACAAACGGGUCUAUCGCGAAUUUAUUUUGUUACCUUUAUUUACCGACGUUUCGAUACAGGUUUCACUGGUCGUGGUCGCGGCUAACUGACUUAAUAUGAAUGUGAUUUAAUAUGUGUUCAAACCGCGAAAGUUUUAAAUGUAACAUGCAAUAAUAUCUAACACAACGAGAAGCUCAAAUUUAUUUGACAUAAUCUUAUUUAUUUAUAUAUUUUUGGAGACUUAGUUGUGUUAGAUUUUAAUGCAAGUGACUGUACUUAUUUUCUUAAAUGAGUAAUGAAUGAUUAAGGACUUUGUUGUAUGUGUAUUUAUUUCAGGAGUGUUUAUUGAUAUUGCGUAAAUCAGAUUUUUUGUUGUUGUCAAAGGCUUACUCAAUCAGAUGCACACUUAAUUUUUCACUUUAUUUAUCAGGGGGAUGAAAAUAGGCUGGGGAGGUGGGGUGGGCUAGCGUAGAUUAGCACAGGCAGUCUGAGCAAAGCAGUUAAAAAUCAAAACGAAGAAAUCUGUUAUGUUUGAAUAAUUUUCGCAUUCUAUUAAUUCAUCCAUACUCGUUGUUAAACAUGAGCUUGUCUUGUUUCUUUCUCUUUCGGUGAGCGGGAGCUCGUUAGCACGUGCACAUUUCUCGCUUGCCCAGGUGCGACGUACGACUAUAGACAACUUGUACAAUUUGUCACAAGGUAAGCGCUUCAAUUUUGGAACGCCUAACAUAUCUUGAGUUAUAAAUCAUUGUUCAAGAUAUAAUGGCUAGUGGCGUAGCGUGAACUAAUCUAGCCGUGGGCGAAAUCGCAUCUGUGAGACCCCUUUCUUUCACUGUGCCCGAAGGCACUUUUUGGGCGCGAGUCCGUGGGCGAUGGCCCGCUUCGCCUACGCCUAGCUACGCCACUAAUAAUGGCAAUGAAAGGGGAUACUGAUCUGAGACAUUUCUCACUUUACUGCCUUCCUACCAUAUGUAAUAUACCGGUUUUAAUGUUAACCACCGACCAUACUUUGCGUAGUGACUUUUUAGGUCAUACUGAACAACUUUUAUUAUGGGACCGAUGCCGAAAUCGCACAAAAAAAUUGGCUGUUUCAUACAUCCCGACUGUGAUGCCACUGAUUUCUAUGGGGCAGACAAAUUUUUUUUUCGCAAUUUCGGCAUUGGUUCCAUAACAAAAACUGUUCAGUAUGACCUAUAAAGUCACUCACACACACAGUUAAAAUUUCACCGUGUAUAUCCUCAUAAUUCAGACCAGUUUUGUCGUCAUAAGCCGUUUGGAAUUUUAAGUUCAAGAUUUUAAGAUUUUUUUUAAAUUGAAAACGCACCGGAUUUUUGCUACCUAUUUUUUUUAUCGUUUCAACAAGCAGCCUAUGCCACCCGAGUCGGAAAAACGAAUCUAUUGACAUCCCAUGUGUAAUUAUUUCAGAGAUUUUCAGCUUUAUAAUCUGUUUAUUGUGUCAAUUUUGUAUUACAUAUUAUCAGGCAUCGUAAACUGCGAGCGAAAUCCAUUAAAGUACUAGGGUUUUCAUACGUCUAACUGGUUGUCUUACGUCAUUUUAAUGGAUUUCGCUCGCAGUUUACGAUGCCUGCAUAUUAUACACCGAUACAUGCUCAAUUAUUUUAUUAUUCGUAAAUCGUUGUAAUAUUGUUUCAUUAUGUGAUUCUGAUUAGACAAAAUGCAUCAAUAUGCCCUUGUAGAUUGUAGAAUAAUUUGGUAUACCACAAACCACAAAUGAUAACUUAUUUUUAUAAAUAGUAUGUCAAUAAGAUAAUAAGCCGUCAAAAUGCGACAUGGCAUCCCACUGACGAAAUCAUUGACCCUGGCAGGUACAGUCAACGUUAAAAGAUAUAUUUACACUUUUGAAUUUUACUUUUAAGGCGAGAUAUGUAAACAUAUCUUUGACGUCUGUACAAUCAUCUAUGCUAAAACAUUACUUUGUCAUCUGCGGUAGGUAGUUGGGUAAAGUUUAGUGUUGUAUUAUAAGCAAUUAAGCUCAGAUUUUGUUGUGAUAUCGUGUCGUAAAGUUGGAUAAAGUUAUUAAGUAAAUAGAUUUUACAAGGUUACAAGUGUUAGUACCUACAUAGGCCAAUCCUUUUUUAAAUAAAUCAAGUUUUCUAUGAUGAUUGUUACCCUUAAUUCGAAGGAAAUCUACUGUGUUUUGUAAAAUUAGUAAUUAUAAUUAAGAUGUGAAAGAGUUGCAUUUAAUUCUGAAUA